UUAUCCAAUUACUGUGUUCCAGAACGUACCAUCUGCUCCGUUAGCCCGUCUGCCUCUUCCCGGAGUGUUCUUCUUCAGUGUUAUCGAUUAAAUUGAUUGAAUACCAAGCGAAAAUGGCCGCUAAAGCCGUGUGUGUGCUCACUGGGGAUGUUAAGGGCGUCAUAUACUUCAAUCAAGCGUCGCCGGACGCUGCCGUGGUGCUGAGCGGAGAAGUGACCGGCUUGACACCCGGCCAGCACGGAUUCCAUGUCCAUGAGUUCGGCGACAACACCAAUGGCUGCAUGUCCGCUGGGCCCCACUACAAUCCUCACGGCAAGGAUCACGGUGGCCCGGACAGCGCCGUGAGGCACGCUGGGGAUCUUGGGAACAUCGUUGCCGAUGCCAAUGGAGUGGCCAAGGUGGACAUCUCGGACAAGCAGAUCUCCCUCAGUGGCCAGUACAGCAUUAUCGGACGCACACUGGUUGUGCACGCUGAUCUCGAUGACCUGGGCGUUGGCGGCCACGAGCUGAGCCUGACCACGGGCAAUGCUGGAGCCCGUGUGGCGUGCGGAGUUGUGGGCAUUGCCAAGCUCUAAGCUGGAAGAGUAUCGGCGGCAGGAGACGGAGGAAGAACAAAGCUAGGAUUUGGGAAACAUACACAUAUGUGAAUUAUAACCGGAUAUCCAGGAAUUUGGAAUAAAAUGAAAUAAUCUCAUGUUUUGGAGGAAU